GAUAACGUUUAGGUGGAAAUAAUAUUGAGUGAAUUGUAGAAAAAAAAACUAAUUUAGUGAAAAAAAAAUAGAAAGGAAGAAAGAUAAAGCAUCCAAAUUAGUGUAGAAAUUGUAUUUGCAAAUACUCUCCAAACUGUGAUUAAAAAAAGUUCUUUUUUUUUGCUUAAAAAUAAACAAAGAAAACCAAGCCCUUUAAGUCCAUGAUUCAGAAUGCUUUUGAGUCGUAACUCCUCAAUGACUUCUCAUGAAGAUGCGGCCAAUGCCUUUGCCAAUAGCGUAGCAGCGGCAGCCACACAAGCAGGUUCGAACUCCAGCAACACAGAACAACAGCACUUGACCUACGAUAAUCACAGCCACAACAAUCAGCAACUGCAUCAAAAUCUCAGUCAGAGUCAUCAUCACCAUCAUCUGCAUCAUCAUCACCAUUUGAAUCUGGCAGGACGUUUAAGUGAACAGCAGCAGCAACAACAGCAACAACAGCAACAGCAGCAGCAGCAGCUCCAGCAACGGCAACAACAUACGGAAAUGUGUUGCCAACAGUGUGGUGGUUAUGUGCAAACUCUCAAUGCCAAACGAAAAUUCGCCAAUAUUGGCGAUUCGAACUUUAAGUGUGAUAAGUGCAAAAACAUGAAUCGAAAAUCGCGGAAAUCCAAUUUAGUGAAAAAUUCAAACACAAAUCAAUUGAAUAGUGGUGGCCGCAAUAAAUGUAAAGUAACGCAGAAUAAAGUCGCUGCCGCUGCUGCUGCUGCUUGUGCUGAUGAAGAUGCCGAAGUUGUUGAGGAUGACAAUGAAUUGCAUGACAACGACGAUGGCGAUAUGGAUUUAGAGGCUGAUGGUCUUGCAAAUAAUAACGACGAGGAUUUCGAUGAGGAUGACGAUGACGAGGAAGAGGCUGAUAUUGGCAUAGACGAUGACAUGGACAUGGAUGAGGAAAUUAUCGAUCAUGAGGAUGAGGAUGAUGAAGUGGAUUUAGUGCAUGACGAUGAUGACGAAUUGACGCGUAUACCCAAAGUCGAGAAUAUAUCUCCGGUGCCCAGCGCCACAACCCUCCUAAAGGACAGUAGUACCAAGCCCAUUUUGAAAUUUAGUGUUUCUGCGAUAUUGGGUGAUACCCGAGAAGGUGUACGAGUGCGUAAUGAAUUUAUGCAACCACAACAUAUCUGGCCUUAUUUACAACAAAAUUUCAUACAUCAUCCGCAUUUUCCGCAUCCAGCAGCGUUUCUAACGCAACAUCACCAUCCACAUCACCAUCAUCAUCAUAAUCAGCAGCAGCAACAACACAAUGGCAGCAAUAGUUGUCAACCGCAAACCACAUCAUCGUCGUCACCUGGCAGCACGUUUAGUGAUAGUGACAAUCAUUCCACCUGCACCACAAACAGCAUCAGCACAAAUACCAGUAGUAACAAUAAUAGCAACAACAACAAUGGCAACACUUCAUCCGCCAACACUUUGGGCUCGAACAAUAACAAUGGCCCAAAUGACAAGGAUAACAGCAAUGGCAGCAGUCAAACCCAUCCAGAGACUGAGGAUAACAAUCGAAGACAUAUGAUGCCGGCGGCGGUAACGGGUCAAGAAAAACAGACAAUGCCUUUGCAUAAUCCUGGAGGUGGUGGUGGUGGUGGCGGCAAUGGCAUUGGACCUCCAUUACACUCCCAACAACAGCAGCAGCAACCACAACAUCCACAAGCCGUUAUAGCCAAACCCCUGCCCAGUAGACCAACACCAUUUCUGCCGCAUAGUCUUCAGCAUCCACACUUGCAUUCACUGUUGGCACAUUGUCGGAAUCCCUACAUGAGUGUUGGUGCACAAGUGUUCCCUCUGCCUCCAGGCCAAGGUUUCCCCUGGGCACAUUCAACACGUGGCAAACCACGUAGGGGUAUGAUGCGUCGUGCUGUAUUCUCUGAUUCCCAGCGUAAAGGUUUGGAAAAACGUUUUCAACAACAAAAGUACAUCAGUAAACCAGAUCGCAAGAAGUUGGCCGAACGUUUGGGUCUUAAAGAUUCUCAGGUUAAAAUAUGGUUUCAAAAUCGUCGCAUGAAAUGGCGCAACUCCAAGGAACGUGAACUCCUGGCCAACGGUGGUUCUCGUGAUCAAACUCUACCCAAUAAGAAUAAUCCCAAUCCCGAUUUGUCGGAUGCCAAAUGUGAUCGUCCCCUUACGCCCUUGUCUCCCCUGCAAAUGUCCCCAGAACAUGGACAUAAUCUCUCAUCUUCGCCGCUUCAAUCACCUUCGAAUUCCAAGGAUGACUUACAACAAUCAGCAAUCAGUCACAAUUCACGAUCAUCAGCUUCUACAACUCCCAAACCUGCCAAUUCACCAAAUACCAACAACAAUUCCAUGCAAUCACCGCCACCACCCAUGGCCAGUCAAACAACGCUAAACAUGCAUCAUUUGCCUCAUCCUGUGAGCAGCAUAGGACAGCAUGUGGGAGGAUCAUAUGGUGGGGCCCUGCAUCAGAUAUCAUCACCUCCUCCCCUGCUGACAGUGGCUAAAUUGCCCACACAACAUGAUCAAUCAUCAGCCUCAUCGAAUGCUUCUUCACCGCCCAACGGUGCUGGUGGCAGUGGCGGGGUAGGUGGAGUGCUAAUGCCCAUGACUAGUGCCGAAUUUCAAGCAAAAAUAAAUGCUGAGAUGCAUAAGCAUUUGGUGGCUGCCGAUUUGAAAAUUAAGCUGGAAUCCACACUCAAUGAGGCCAAGCAGCGACGCAUGACCAUGUUGAAUAUUAGCGGCAAUGGGCCUGAGGCCAUGCAUCAUAUGGGUCUACAUCCAGGCCAUCCAUUUUUGGCCAUGCAGCAUCAUUUGCAACAACAGCAGCAGCAACAACAACAACAUCUGCAACACCACCCCCAUCAGCCACAUUCUCAGCUGUCAUCACAAACCCCUCCCACUGCCUCGCUACUGGCCCCUGGUCCCCCAUUUGCAGCCCAUCAACAGCAGCAAUUUCAAAAUUCUGAAUUCAUGAAAAUGUACUAUGACGACUAUGACGAUUCGAAUUCAGACAGUGAUGAAGAGAUCAGUGUAACGUGACCGCCUUAAAGCGGUAGCCGACUUGCGGAACGUUUUCAAAUAAAUCCUUUCCAUUAUUAAUUUGUAUAUAUAGAGUACCAUAAAGUAAUUGGUCCACAAAAUUAGUCUUAAGUUCAAUACACUUUGGCCAUUUAUUUAUUAAAUUAUUUUUUUAUUUAGUCCUAAGCUGUAAU